CUUAUACAGAUGUAAGCAGUGUACAACUGUUUCAUGUAACGAAGGCUUUUAGAAAGACUACUCUUAGCGGUCCAUGAGCUUCCUGGCUCAAGCGUCAAACAUCGCAUACCCCGCAAGCGUCAACAUCUGUCACUCUAACGAACUGAUGUAUGAGUAGGAUCUGAGCCAAGCAGCCCUUCUGCCGAGGUCGUUGCCUAACGCCAGAGCUGGACAAGCUACCGCAGAGUCAGCGACUGCGCACUUGGACAUGGAGCAGCCGAUUCAGGGAGCCAAACUUGUCGCCAUCCUCUCAGAGAAGUUUAACAAGGAUGCCGUGUGGACGCUGACCGCCGCCAACGCGCUUGCCGGAGCCACAACCGGAGAGCGCGAGGUCAUUUUCGCCAGUUCGCAAGAUCGCCAGCUGUUGCUUCUGGAUGGACUUGUCCGCACCUCGCACGCUAUAGGGGCGCUGCACCGACGCGGUGGCAGCACCGGCGCGCCAGACGCGGAGCACGGGCGCGACCAGCAAGGGGCGGAUAUGGCGACUCAGCGCCAAGUCGCACGUGACGAGGCUCUGGCAGUGCUGGAGGCACAGACGGCUCCCCGCAAGCCCAAGUGCUUCUCAAGCGUCGGCAACAUGGAGGCGUUCCGGUUCCUGGGCGACCUGAAUGUGCUGGAGGUCGAUGGUAACGCUGUCUUUGAGGAGGAGCUGCAGCUACCUGACGGCACGCCCACCUGCAUCGGCUUUGACAUGUCUGGCUACGCAAACGAGGACCCGGCCACAGGACCGCUGCUCGCGCACCAUAAGGAGCAGCUGGAGCUCCUGGGUGUUCGGUUUGGCCGGGCGGCCUUCGACAUCUACGACGUCCACAGCCUCACAAAUGACUCACUGUUGAUUCAACACGGCAGCAAGGCCUUCAGGGGGAUCUUCGACGGUUGCAUAGCACCUUACGGCCUGUCGCUAACCUCGUCCUUGAGCCAAUGCCGCAUCGUUUAUGAGCACAGAAUGCCGGGGGCGCUCUACGCACGUAAGGGCCAGGCGAUUCUUAAGCUGCUGGCCGCGUGCGCCUAUGGGCCGUGCCCUGUGCUGCUGGACCUGACGGAUGGCAUGAAGCACACCGUGUACACCAUACGCGGCCUGGAGCUCAUUGCGUGGACUGAGCUGACCCCAACGCAGGCGUACAACCUGCAGGCGCGGCACCUCAUGUCUGAUAGCUCUCGUACUGCGCGGGCACUGACGCUUGAGCAAAUUCCGGAGGAGGAGCAGGCGUGGAUGCGCCCCCUGCACCAGCUGCGCCCCGAGUCGAGGCUGCGCGAGCAGCUCGAGUCGGUCAUUCCGUUCCUGCCGCCGGACGAGCGCAUGCCCGCGGCGCUGGAGCUCAUCCACGCGGGGGCACAGGCGCAGCAGCCGGCGCAGCCGAUGCAACUCCCCGCCAGCAUCCGGGCCUUCUACGCGUGAGCUGGGGAGGAGAGGCAUGGUGGCCUGCCCAGGCUUGGUGCUGCUGUGGCACCGAUGUGGCGCGUGCGAGGAGGAGAGGAGGGCAGCCGCCGGCAGCAGCAGCAGCAAGAGGACUCAGCCGCAGCGUCCACCAUGCCUGUUAGUGCAGACCCGCACUCAGCGUUAGCGGCCUCCACGCACGCUCCUGGCCUGCAGCUGCCCACGUACAAGUCCAUGGCCGACUCCUUCCUGGCGCCCACAGUCACCGUGGACCGCGCGCUGCGGGAGUGCCUGGGCUAGCAGGCUGUAGCAUGAGGCGGCAGCUAGAGGCUGUAGCAGGUCGCUGCUUAAUGUGUUUUGGUACCGUGUUGCGGUAUGUUGUACUUUGUUGUGGUAGUGGUAGUAACAUUUGUUGGGUGCGGGUGCCAGACUGGCUGCAGCGGGGCGGAGGCGGGAAAUCUCGGUGGGGGACCAGGGGGCAGGUAGCGGUCCGCGGUGGGGCUGGCAGGGCAUGCGUUGCGGCAUGACAAGUAGUGCGGCUGUUGACAACUGUGCUACGUCUGGCUGCGGUUGGCUCUGCUGUGGCAUCGUGAUUGCUAGGCACCCAGUUUGGCUAUGUGCCUGUGGAAACCGACCCCGGCUAUGUCCGGGCGAUGAGGUUGUUCGGCCUCAGACUGUGGAGGGGCUCAGCCCCUUUUCCCGUGACCGGGGAACACUUGUC